CUGCCCGAGCGAUCGGUUGUUCCAGCUCUCUGUAUUUGGUAUCUUGGCAUUUCAAUUGUUGCGUCGUUGUCGUUGUCGUUUUUCGUGAAUCUUCGUGUAUUUUGAUAUUUUGUUCGCUUUGAUCGAAGCAGACGUCAUCGCCAGAGACGGACGUGUUGUGGUUGUUGUUGCUGUUGCUACUGCUCGAUUGAUUUGUUGCAAAUAACAACAAAAGAAAAUAAAGUGAGAAUUCCAAAUUCGAAUAUCAGUGCGAGAACGUGUAUCUAAAAGUACGUGCUUGUUAACAUAACCAACAACUUCGCUUUGCACAAUGUCGAAGAGCCUGCGCCCUCUUAAGAUAACCAUCGUUGGCGAUGGCAUGGUGGGCAAGACCUGUCUGCUGAUCACAUACACACAAAACGAAUUUCCCGAAGAGUAUAUACCAACUGUGUUCGAUAACCAUGCCUGCAACAUAAUGGUAGAUGAUAACGAAUACAAUCUAACUCUCUGGGAUACUGCUGGGCAGGAGGAUUAUGAAAGGCUGCGUCCCUUGAGCUAUCCCAAUACGAAUUGCUUCCUGUUGUGCUAUUCGAUCAGCAGUCGCACCUCAUUCGAGAACAUCAAGAGCAAAUGGUGUCCGGAGAUCCGUCACUUCAGCAGCAGUACGCCCGUGGUGCUGGUGGGAACAAAGCUUGAUUUGCGUAUACCAAAUUCAGAGAAGUUUGUGACCACAAACGAGGGACGCAGACUGCGCAAAGAGAUCCAUGCACACAGUUUGGUCGAAUGCUCGGCGAAGAAGAAGAUCAACUUGCAUCAGGUGUUCGAGGAGGCGGUGCGAGCGGUGGAGAGGAAGCCAAAAUCAAAGCCGCAAACGUGCAAAAUAUUGUAAUUAAGUCGUAUGCUUAAUAUCUUUAAUAUUGUUAUUAUACGUAAUUGUAUUAUAUAACUAUGCUACCAUAUACUUCUAUAUACUUACGUAUAUAGUAUAUACUGUAUGCAAACAUAUGUAUGUAAAUGUCUGAUUUUGGGCGUUGGAUUCGCUUGUUUCACUGAGUGUAGAAAAUGUAACGAUAAGUUGUAAUAUUAAGUUUUUAAGUUGUGUGAAAUCAGUUUUGUAUGCCACACCAAAGUGCAUUUUUUUUGUUUGUUUAUUUACAAAUCGAAACACAUUAUGUAAUUCUUUGAAUUUAAAUGCAACAAAAAAAGUAAUAUAAUAGACAUGUAUAAAUAUUAAAGCCAAAUCAAACAA